UCAUAUACAGAAUCUGUAGAGGAUCACAGGGUCUAAGUCAGCUUCUCAGGCUUCACCCGAGCUUUAGAGAAGAGAGGUCGAAACUUGGAUCUAACCAGCGCCACUGGAAUACAGCAAUAAUGCCAUCCAUUACAAAGAGCCUCUAUUUCAUUUCAAGUGCGCUGCUUACUUCUAUUUCUGUUGCAGUGUUGGGGCUCUGCAUGUCAACAGAAUGGGCUAAGACGGCCAUGGAGUGCACAAGAAACGGAAGCAGCUUCUCCAAUGGAUCUGCUGUCGUCACUUUGGGGCCUUUUGCUACUGGGAAAAUGAACAGAAUCUUUUGCCCUUUGUUUGGAAGUCAGGACGAUUUCAACAUAUUUCAAACACUGGCGGAUUUGGCAGUUGCCCCUUUCGUGCUGCACAUUGUGGUUGUGUGCCUGUUGGUCCUGUGUCUGGUGUUUUCCGGGGGCAGCAUCCUUAUUUCCCUCUACAACAGUGUCAGCAAUCCCUAUGAAACCUACAUGGGGCCCAUUGGCCUCUACGUCUGCAGCUCUCUCAGCGCAUUUUUUUCUUUCUUGGUCCUCUUAAUCUUCGCGUUGAACGUCACUCUGACCAGCAUGGCCGAGGAUUUGGUGCAAAGCUUUGCCAACCCUUUGUUAGCACAAUUUAGGAACAAAACAUCAGAGAUGCAGCUGGGAUACUACCUGGUCCUCGUGCACACAGGCCUCUCCCUCUUUGUCGUUGCGUUGAUCUACUUUUAUGACCACGCAGCCUACACACAGAGGCGGGAACAGCAGAAGCCUACAGAGGACGCGCCCAAGGAGAUAAUGAUGUAUUAGUGGCCUGCCUCGGAGCAGGCUUUCAGUGACAUUGAUAGAUUGCUCAUCACAUCUUUCUGGAAUCACUUGCUGUAAGAAUUACAGACAGAAAUCGAAAUAAACUCCAAAAACAUUUUCUGUGUGUUAUGUGAGUGAAAUAAGUGAAUGUAAAUCAACAAUUGAGAUGAGGUUGAUCGUAUCUUAUUUUUAUGUAUUUGUAUUUCUUUAAAAUGUGUAUUGUGCAAUAUUUACAUUGUUUAUCGCUUGGACCACGAACCAAGAGUCCCUUGUAACUGAAUAAUUUAAUUAGCACUAACCCACCUAUUCUAUUCAGAUUAAAGAAAAAAAAAUGUUAUUUGUGUUUUUGUCAAUUGAUGUUUCUCUGAUACAAGGCUUACUGAAAUAAUUAAACAUGGGAAAACAUGGGAUAAACA